AAAAUAAAUGUUUCAUGUGAAACGUGAAGAUUUCAACAAUCGCCAAAGAAACACUUCAUACUUCACACUCACGUAAUUUUCACAGUAUUUUGUGAAAAUUAAUCGAAAUUGAAUGGAUAAUUGUGAUUAAAAUGUUAAACUAGUGCGUGCUGCAACUCCACACAUCGAACUGCAUUAACCCGAACGAGGCACGUGCGGGCUGGGAAACGGGCGGAAGGUAUCAGCGGAAGUGAAGGAAUUCCUUGUGUGUGUGUGCUCCUGAAAAAAAUAUCCUUUUUAGCCCUUUUUCUGCACUCUCCUGCGGGAGCCCCAGGGACACAGCCGGAGAAAUUGGCAUUGCCCGUGUGUGUGUUGUGUGUGGUGCUCUACGGACGGGGGCCCACCGUACGGGGAGUGUGUGUAGUGAAGAAGGACAGUGGGCCGCCCCCUCAUGCGAGUUUGAGUGGAGGGUGGUGCAGAAAGGGUUGGUUUCCGGGGGCCCCGCUUAAGUUGGGUUUUCGACACGCGUGUGGUGUGUACGGAAAAAAGUGAGUGCUGGCGAGGGGAGCCCCCUGUGGUGGUGAAGGCAGCACACAGGAGUUGAUUGUUGGGUGGCCUCCACCCUCCGCCCACAGGGACACGGCCAAAAGAUGGCUUCAUCGAAUCGCGGAAUUCAGCUGGGAUCAGCGUGGUUUCAGCGGAAGAUUAACCUGAGACCUCAGCACCGUGGUGUUCAUCUUGUCACCGAAGAAAUCCUCCGGCAGAUGCCUGAACUAGGACAAUUCUCCGUGGGACUGUGUCACGUUCAAAUUUUACACACAUCCGCAAGUUUAGCGCUCAACGAGAGCUGGGAUCCAGAUGUCAGGGAUGAUAUGGAAAUGAUGCUAAAUAAAAUAGUCCCCGAAGGUUUACCUUAUCGACAUUCAUGCGAGGGACCUGAUGAUAUGCCCGCACAUGUGAAAGCCUGCUUCCUGGGCAGUUCAUUGACAAUCCCCAUCACAGACGGCAAACUGUCGCUGGGCACGUGGCAAGGUGUCUGGCUAUGUGAGCAUCGCGAUCAUGCGGGUAGUCGUAAGUUAGUGAUAACACUGUCCGGCUGUCCGAGGGACUCGGCGCGCAGUCCCCUGUCGCCGGUAUCCCCAAUUGCGUCAACAUCCAGUUAGGGAAGGCCUCGCUCCGCCCGUGACAGUCGGUAAUCGUCAGCACGGGGGAGCGAAGAGUCUCACAUUCACUACAAAAGUAAGAAGAAAUAAAUUUAAACAAAAAAUAAUCGGAAGCAGAAGGUCCGACAAUUAUGAUCAAAUUGGAGUGUUUGGGGACGGCACCAAUUGCACGAAUGCAGAGUGGAAGCAUAAUUUACCCUCCAAACGAGAUGGGGAUCAGGUGUGAGAGAGACUGCAGAAAUGUGCCGUCUGAGACUUUCCUAAAUAAGAUUUAUAGCAAAGAGAAAAUGAGAAGAAGAAGAAACUUUUAGUGGAGAAAUCAAUCAGAAUUGUUAAAGAAAAAAAAACAGCGCUACUUGUUGAAGUGAUUUCUCACCGAAUGAGAACAAAAAGAGAAAUUGGAAGAGGACACGGAAGAACAUGCGCUACUACAAAGGAGCAUGAUUAAAAUUUUGCACCUUUAAAACAAACACACAUCGAUCCUCUUCAUUAGCAAUAUACUUAAAUUAUGCAAAAAAAAACCGAGGGAAAGGAAAAAUAUUACAAAAACAUUUUUUAUGGGAUACUCUAUCAAUUGUUAAAUUUAUAUUUAAACUAUGUUUAUGUUUUUUAUUAAAAUUAAUUUUCUUUUCACGUGUGUGUGUGCUCUUUAAUUGGGAUAAAGUACAACGUUUUUUUUUCAUAUUAAAUUUUAUUACUUCCCAUUAAAGGAAAAUCCAAUCUAAGACUUUGGACAAUUUAAGAACUAAAAAUAGAAGAAACAAAUAUAAACAGAAAAAGGUUUAAUUAAGGGUUUUAAUCGUUCUUUUUUUUUGUAAACAAAAAUGCGGGAUUAAUGAAAGCACACACAACAGAGAAAAAAAAGUGAAAGAAAAACAAUCCUAAAUAUAUAUAAAUAUAUAAAAUUAUUGAUGAGAAAACACACAAAACCACGUUGCACGCAAUUAUGGGCAUUUGUUAUUGUAAUAAACUUGUAAAUCAAAGGGAGAAAUUCUUGUGUGUGCAUACCAUGGGCACACGAGAAGUGCGGAGAGGAGUAAAACACGAAAAUGUGAAGAAAAUCAACUCAUAUUAUUUGACAAAUUUAUUACCUAUUAAUUAAUAAAUUAAAUUUCAUUGUGAUGAAACAGAUAACUUUAAAUGGAAGAUGGGAGAAGAAAAAUGAAAAAUUCGAUAGGCGCGAAAUAAACUACAUUAAUUUUAAGCGAUAUAAGUAUGAGAGAAUGUUGAAAUCUAAUGAAAAAAAAAAAGAAAAACUAUUUAUAACAUAAUGUCUCUUCUGCACAAAUCACUUUUAAGAAAAAAAAAAUGAAAAAAAAGUAAAAUAACCCCUUAAUCAUUAUAGUGAAAAAAAAGAGAGAGAAACUAAUGAAAAAUUAAUUAAUAAAAAAACAAUUAAAUUACUACCUAAUUCUGUAGGCAUGAAACUCUGUAUAAAAACAUUGAUUAAUGAAAAUCUGAAUAUUCUUUGUAUAUGAAAUUUUCCAUAAAUGAAAACCUUUUUAAAUGUGGGAUGGGUGAUAGAAAUAAAAAAUUUAAUGAAGAAAUGCAAUAAUGCAUUUUAGGAAUUUAUCAAAGAAUUAUAAAAAAAAAAAUAUUCGGCACGAGAUAUGAGAAAUAAAAAUAGAACCGACCCAGGCGAUCCUUUAAUCUUCAAAUUAAUCUUUUGCAAUGAAGACACAAAAAGAAAGGACACAAACUGAGUGUCAGGAUAAUUGACACAGAACGUUGAUUAAGGGACGCAUGGAAUUCAACAUUCAUUAAUAGAAGAAGAGAAAAGAAAAAGCAUCACCAAGUGAUGUUUAGAAAAAUCUUUAAAGCAAAACUUUCAACAUAAAAAAAAUACUAAAAAGAAAACAAUUAAAUAAAACCGCGUGUAAAUAUUUUUAACAAGAAUUAAGCGAUUUUUAGUUGCAAUUUUUUUACAUGUUAUUAUGUAAUAUUCAGGCGAUUCAGGCAAUAUUCCAGCCAUCCGGAAAGGCGCAGAACAAUGUGAAAGGGAGGGAAAAAAGUCAAUCACAGGAAUUAACAUAAACAUACCCUUUUCGUCCAGCAACUCUUUUAGCAAUGCCAAAAGGCAAUUGGCUUGAAAAAUUAAUGAAUAAUAGAAAAUUCUGUAUGGGGGGGUUGUCAUUACAAGAGAUGAGGUACAUUUGAAAUCAAACACUGCAUUGUUCCCAACAAAACCAGGUUAACAUUAAAAAAACGUUUAAGUAGAACCCUUCUUAACCCGAUUUGCCCAUCGUAUUGCAUUAACCCUGGAGGCAGUUGUUGGCCACCGUGGUCAAUUCGCUUUUUUAAACCGUUAAAAAUUUUAAUCUUUAGGUUAUAAUCGUGAUAAAUUCUACAUUGAAAAAUUCAAUUCCUUUAUGUUCGUCGAAAGAAAACUUUAAAAACUAUUUUUUGAUACACAAUUAAGGUAUAAGUUUGAGACUUAGAAUUAUGGGAUCCUCUAAGGGUUAAAUAUACACGGAAAUUGUUCUUUGAUGACUUUAAGUGCAUAAAAAUGGCAUCAAAAGAUUUUCUUUUCACAAAAAUCGUAUAGAUUCAGGUAAAUGACGAGUUCAAAAAGUUUUAUGCAAAAUUUCAUGAUUUUUGGAUAAAGAAACUGAUUUUUCAAGAUCGUUUAAAAGUUAGACUUUGCAAGAAGAAUUUCCAAAAUUCUUGGGCAUAUCAGGGUUAAUUUAUUUUACUUUGUUAAUACGGUUAAUACACAGAAUAAAUUGCCAUCAAUCAGUACAUAAAAUCCUUCCGAUAUUGUUAAAAAAAAAUUAAUUUCUUUUCAACACAAAAUAUUAUCAAAUUUAAAAAAUAUAUUUAUGAGGGCAUGCAAAGAGAAAAUAAUUUUAUAAAUCUAGCAAAAAAAUAUUAGGAAUUGAGGGUUUUACGUAUAUCUAUUAGGCAAAUAAAUUGUAAAACAAAAUGAAAAUUAAAAGAAAAACUUUAACAUUUGAAAAAAAAAAAAACUAAUUACAGGGUAUUUUUUGUUGAAUUUUGCCAGUGAAAAAAAAGAUGAAAAUAUUUUUUAAGUGCACAGCGCAUUAGAUAUUUUUGGCACUUUAUCUCUGAAUAAUUUUUUAGGGGCUACACCGCAUGUCAAUCCGUGACAAGUCAUUCAAUUUACACCGCGCCGGGUUUAACAAUGAGAGCUGUCCAUUGGUUGAAAAGCUUUUCGAAUUUAUCACAAUUUUCAAUGUCCAAAAAAAAAAGAUGAAUUAAAAAGAAGAAAAAUGGCAAUCAGAGCAAAUCUUGAAAAUUUUAUGCAUUUCCGUCUGUUCUAUUUCGCAUCUCGUCAGUGCGAGAGAGAGAGGAGAAAGUCCAUUAUUGUAGUGCUUGCUAAACGUGAGUUUAGAGAUGAGAUUGAAAAAAGAAAAUAAUGAGCAAAUUAACAUUUUCUUUUCUCUAUAUUAUGGGUGAUGGCAUAGGGUUUUCCCAACACACAUAAAGACCAAUUAUUAAAAACUGACGAUGUAUAAAAUGAAAAGAAAAGAUGAAAUUACCGAUAAAUUUAUAAUGAUUGUAGUUAAUUUUUUUUUUCAAAGCAUUGCACUGCCAGUAAUUUCUUAUUCAGUCUUCUUAUCGUUUAUCAUUUUAAUCGGUUUUCUUAACUUGAUACGUUUUUGCGAAUCUUCUUUCUUAAUAUUUUAAAAUGAAACGACAAUAUGUAAAUAAAAAAAGGAAUUUAAAAGAAUUAAAAAAAUGAAUAUUAAAAGAUUAAGUCGAUAACUAAAGCCAUUUUUGUAAAUAUUAUAUUUUUGGUUUAGUUAAUCAAAACGGAUUUUAUUUCUUUCGUCUUAAAGCAAAAGACUUUAAUAUAUUAAAAUUCCUUUAGUUCCUUUUUUCGUAUAGUUACCCCAAAACUAAAUAAAAGAAUAUGAAAUCAAGGGAUGCGAUAAAACAAGCGAUUAAAAAAAAGAUGAAUAAAAAAGGAUAUAUUUUGUUAAAUAAAAAAAUAAAUAAAUAGAAUGAAUUAAAAAAAAAAUAAAGUAAUAAAAUUGAAAUGAUAAAUUAGUGCCGCCGCAUUGACGAUCUCUGCACGCGGCGAUUUGACAAUAUUAUAUCAAAUUUAGCAAGUGGAGGGUAAAUUUAAAUAAAUAAAAAUUAAUUAAACAAAAUAUCGUGUAAAUAAUAUGCAAAUAAAAACAUUAAAUAAUAAUUAACUUAAAAAAAUACGUUUAAUUUUUAACUAUCAGUGUUAAUCGAUUGACGAAAAAAUCGACAUAUAAAUUAUUUUACAGUGAAUAGAGCAGAUUUGUUGUGAGAUAAUUUUUUUGCAAAACUAUUUAAUUUUUUUUUGUUUGAACAGUUCUGAUUAUUUUUUUUUCCAGUUUAACACAUUUUUAUGACUUUCGAAACAUUUUUUUUUAAAAUCUGAUCCUACAAAAAAUCUUUAUUGGAGAGGCUGGAGUUGUGUCAAUUUCAAUAACAAUUUAUCCCAAACAUUCUCUCAAACCAUUUUUAUCAGGAAUUUACCGUAAAACGAAACAAAUCUGCUUCAAAGCUGUCUAUUCGGCACUAACAUUACGAUUAUAGGUUUCCUUUAAAGUUUUUAUUUCAAUGUUUUAUUUAUCAUGAUAACGAGAAAUUUCUAUACGGUGGACAUAACACAUAAACACAUAAAGAACCUUUUAAAAAAAAUAAAAUUUAGCCGCAAGAAUGAAGAUCACAAAGUGAAGAAAAAUAUGAAUGUAUUUAGGUGUAAAGUCACGAGAAAAAAUUUAGGAUAUUGGUAAUUCUGUUUUUAUUGUAAUUUGUAAAUAAAAUUAUGAAAAAAAGGAAUAUUAAAGUAUAUAGAAUUAAAAAAAAAACAAAGAAAACUAUUAAAAAACUUACUAGGUAAUGUGUAAAGAGGGUGAGAGAGCGCAGUUAAUUGUUGAUUAAUUAAAGGAACAAAAAAAAUGUAUAAAUUGAUUUUAUUAUAUAUUAAACUAAUAUCGAUUGGAUUGGGGCGAAUUGUUUUAGUAGAAAAAAAAAUGGCAAUGUGAGAAAUUGCGUAAAACAUCAUGAUAGGAAAAAAUGUGUACAGAAAUGAAUUUCUUAAUUUUACUUCAAAAAAUAUAUUUUUCAAAAAUUACGAAUUAAAAGACAUUUUAACUGAAACUUUUAGCAAAUUCAAAAAGCAAAAUUAAAUCACUUAUGAGGCACAAAAAAUUGUAGGUAAAAAACUGAACGUUGAUUUCUCAAGUGAAUUAAGUAAAAUUUAUGUGUCCUUUACUUUGUUUAUUUGCAUUUAUAGAAUUUAUUUAUGCAUCCUUUUGAGGUUGAAAGAAGGGGUACACAUAGAAAGCAAAAAGAAGAAAAAAUUCAGAGUAAGUCAGUGUGUUAAUUGAUGUAGGAAAGAAGAAAAAGCAGCAGUGCACGGAAAAGCAAAUCAAAAAUUCAUAAUAAUGUUGCAGUCUUCCUCCAGUGAGAUUUUAAAUGGGCAAAGAAAGACGUUUAAGGAGAAUUUUUGCAUAGAAAAAAAAAGCAAACAACACCCAACACGCUGCAGUCAGUUUCACUUCCAGAAACCAUUUUACCUGAUUAACAGAUUAUUACAUACCCCAGCAACAUGCAGCCCCGUGUGAAAUUUAUGUGAUGUAUUCCCCAAACAUGCCCUUUUGAGAGACAAAAACAACAAUUUUUAGUCCACCCCCAAAUCCACAGAAAAAGAAGAAAUUAAAUCAAGAAAUGACAAAAAAUUGCUGCAAAAAAGGGGCAAAGCAUUUAAAUGAAAUUUGUACACAUGCGUCCACAACGAUUAACCUGCAGAUAGAUUAUUGCAAAUAGCACAAUAUUUUUUAGAAAGAUUUCUAUCCAUUUCUUUCCCCAUUGUUAAUUAGUUUUAUUAAUUUUUGUUAAUUGUUUUUUUUUUUAAUGUUAGGGAAAGUAAUUUUGAACCGUCCUUGUGUUGGAGUAGAGAGAAAAUAAGAAGAGGAAGCAUGAUAAAUUAAUUAUGUAUAAAAGAUAAUGUGAAAAAUGUAAUAUCCUCAAUGAGGUGAGAAAUCUAACCGGAAAUACUGAUUUUUUUUAUUGGUUCAAAGAUUCAGUAUGAGGGCAACUGGGUACACAGUUCUAGAAAGAACUCUUAAUAAAUUUUUAAAGAAAAUGUUCAAAUCUCUUCCUAAAAAUUAAAUUAAACAAAGAUUUUUAUUCAUAUAUUUUGUCUAAUUAUCAAAAUCGGAUUAGUGGUUUCAGUUUAACCAGUUUUUUGAAUUAACAAGUUUAUUUUAAGGAUUACGCAAGCUUAAAUUUAUCAAAAUUGGUUUAGUAAAAUAAACCAAAAAAUAUUUUGAAUUGAAUGCACCUAAGAAACAAAAUUAAGACAUAUUUUCUACGUAUAUUGUUAAUAUAUUUAACCAAUUUAGAUAAACGAUUUUUUUCCCAGAAAGUUACCUCCUUACAAAAAUGCAAAAUUAUAUAAAUCGAUCAAUCUAUCGAUUAUUGUGUGAAAUAAUUAACUAUUUCAUUUGAAAUAUUUAACCGAUUUUGUUAAAUUUAAGAAACAUUGUUAAAGAAAAAUGAAAAAUCACUAUUUUCCGGUUAUUUUUUCUCGAAUGACAAACCCCUUUUAUUGCAUUUUCACUUUAUUUAAUGUGAAUCAUACUUUCAAAAAAAAAAAAGAUUUAUUAAAAGAUAAAGAAAACUCACCCCUCAUGAUGAGGACUCACAACACUUUGUUAACAUCUCAGAAGAUCUAGAGAAGAUACACGAUGUGUAAUAAAAAAAAUCACAUAGAAAACAAUAUAAAAUUAAUGAAAAUGAAAAAUCAUUGAAUACGAUUAAAUUGAAUUUAAAAAAUAAAUAAAAAACAACUUUUUAAUGUGAAUAUGAGUUUUAGAGAAGAGAGAAAAAAUAAUAGAAUCUGCGUGUAGAUAAAUUUUAAAGGAUAAAAAAAUAAAUGAGAAAGAUAUAUAAUUACAAAAAAAAACUAGUGCUUUUCUAUAAAAACCAAAAAAAAAACAAUGAAAUUGAUAAAAUGUUAAAGACAUUCAUAGGGUAAAAAAAAAGAAAACAAUGCGAAGAAAAAAUUUCACAUUUUUGGCACAUUUACUACUAAAUAGAGAAGAAAAAAAUAAAACAGAAUUAGUAAUAAAAAAAAUUACCUUUUGACAAUUUCAAAAAACAUAAAAAAAAACAAAAAGAAAGAUUGCAAAAAAAAUCACCAAAGAAUUCGGUACUCCAAUCUUAUACGUAUGUUUGAGAAAAAAAUGAAAAAAAUUAUUGAUAAAGCAUUAGAAAAUAUGAAAAAUAAAUAAAUUCGCCAGUGAAGAAAAAAAUUCUAGUAAGAAAUUGUAAUAAAACUUGUAUAAAAAAAAAGUGAAAGACGUAACACAGCAUAUAAGUUAAUAAAAAAAAAACGAAUUUGCGGGGAAAAGAAUCAAAAAGAAGCAUUAAAAUGUUCAAAAUAAAAAUGCUGAUUAAACCCCAAAUAUUCGCGUUUUUUUCGUUGUACGUACUAAGUACAGAAGAACCGAAGAUGAAACAAAAUAGUAAAAUAAAUUAUUUGCGUGGAGA